CUUGGCCUCUCUCUCCCGUCCACGAUGCGGACCCGAAGUAUCGUGGCCCUGGCCGCCAUCGCCGUCUUCUGGCUGGUCGUCUUCUUCCGCCGUCACAUCCACGAGCUGGGCGAGAUCGUCGUCACCUACAGCACCUUUUACCCGCUGCUCAACAGCCACCCCGACCUGCUGUACCGACACCCCGAGAACUCGUCGUCGACGCUGCUCGAAUCGCUGCAGGACCCAACGUCGGCCUCGUCCACGCUCAACCCCGUCGUCGUGCCCAAGAUCAUCCACCAGAUCGCCCUGGGCAACGCCAGCGUCUCCAAGUACCAGGCCGCCAUCUCCAGCUGCACGGCGCUGCAUCCCGACUGGAAGCACCAGCUGUGGACCGACGUCAACGCCACGGCCUUUAUCGCCGAGUUCUACCCCGACAUCCUGCCGCACUACACCGGCUACGCCCAGAACAUCCAGCGCGCAAACAUCCUGCGAUAUGCCCUGCUGCACCACUCGGGCGGCAUCUACGUCGACCUCGACGUCACCUGUCGCGUGCCCCUCGACUCGACGCCCAUUGUGCGUCUGCCGUACGUCUCGCCCGGCGCGCAUCCCGCGGGAGUCAACAACGCCUUCAUCGCCACCCAGCCCGGGCAUCCGUUCCUGACGCAGCUGCUGGAGAAGGUGCCCAGCCACGACCUGCACUGGGCGCUGCCGAUGCGCAUCCCCUACGUCGAGAACAUGCUGAGCACCGGCUGCAUGUUCUACUCCAACCAGUGGAUGUCCUACGUCCGCGACUUCAACGCCGGCCGCCAGAGCACAAAGGUCCAUAUUCUGUCCGACGAGCACGGCGACAUGGCGCCGCACAUGCUGCGAGGCAAGGUCACGACGCCCAUCUUUGUGCACGCCGGCGCCAGCAGCUGGCACGGCUGGGACGCCGCGCUGUUCCUGACGAUUGGCGAGCACUACACCUUUUACCUGGGCCUCCUGUUUGUCGCCCUGACCGUCAUCUUUGGCGCCGCCUACAUCUGCACAACGUCUAGGAGAUCGUACCGCCGCAGAUGUCGCCUGUUUGGCUUUGGCGGUGUGGCCGCAGCCCGCAACAGCUGGUCACCCACAAGACAGCGAAAGCCCAGCAUCAGCCAGUCGAUGGUAUAGAGCGAAGCCGGCUUUGACGAUUUCUUGAUUCCUUUAUUCUACACUUAUCUGGGCCAUCUCAUCACAUCGUUAUAUCAAAAGAAUACGCUCCAUAGGCGCGAUUCACUAAUAAUUCUACUUAACCACCAGUAGUACCGUACCUGCAUACUUGUUUCGAUUCAGCCGCUUGCUUUUUUUUUUUUUUCUAGAAAGAGAAGGAUACUCGCUUGUCAUUAUGGUUCUUUUUUUAACACAACUUUUGCUUCUUCUUCUUGUUUUUACACCAGCUCAUCCCACGGGCUAUUUACGAUAAAAGGGCGAAGCGGAACACCGCGGGCGAUGAUUUUCCAUUCGACUUUUUUUUAAACGAAUUUUCCUUUUUACUACACUUUUUUCCCCCUCCACAAACGGUUUCCUGGAGGGACCGACGAUAUACGGAACGGAUGGUACAGACGGAACGGCAUCUUGGCUUUGGCUAUCAGCUCGGCGUCACGGGUCACGGUGAAAUCUAUCUAUAGGGAUUAUGAGGCAUUCUAUGCUACAGCAAGAGCGGGAGGGGAGAGAAAGGAAGGAAAACCCCGCAUUGCAGUUUUGGUGUAUUGAUAGAGAAUAUUACCGACAAUACCAAAUGGGAGGCCCGCCUCUAGGGUUAAUGAUAAUGCUUGUUGUUAUUUU